AUGGAAUACCACAUAUUCCUUUUGAUUUUGCUAGUUGUUUUCAUCCCAAGUAUUUUGGGUCAUAAUGUUGCAAAAGGAAAAAUUGUGGUUGAUGAAACCACGAAAAUAGCAGAAACUGAUGAAAAUUUCAUUUGCUUCACUAUGGACAUUUGGCCUCAUGAUGAGUGUAGUCAACCCAACCUUUGUGUUUGGGAUGAUCAUGCAUCAAUACUCAAUGUGGAUUUGUCUCUUCCUAUGCUUAACAAAGCUGUUCAAGCUUUCAAGUCAUUAAGAAUUAGAAUAGGAGGUACCUUACAAGACAGGUUGAUAUAUAAUGUUGGAGAAGGUUUCAAAAGCCAUUGUCAACCAUUUCAAGCAGACAACGAUUUACUAUUUGACUUUUCAGAAGGAUGUUUGUACAUGGAAAGGUGGGAUGAUUUGAACAACUUUUUUAACAACACAGGGGCCAUUAUAACCUUUGGCUUAAAUGCUCUCUUGGGUAAACACAACACAAAAGGAAUGCAGUGGGAAGGAAAUUGGAACUACAGCAAUGCUGAGGCUCUUAUUCAAUAUACAGUGGAUAAGAAUUAUCAAAUAAAUUCAUGGGAGUUUGGUAAGUUAAUGGGUGGACGUAAUAGUAUUGGUGCAAGUGUUAGUGCUUCACAAUAUGCAAAAGACCUAAUGAAGCUUCGAGAAAUUAUAGAUCGUUUGUACAAUAAUUCCCAACAAAAACCUUUAAUGGUGGCACCUGGUGCUUUCUUUGAUGACAAAUGGUACCAUGAACUUGUUAAAAAAAACGAUUCAAAUAUUGUCAAUGCUCUAACUCAUCAUAUAUACAACAUGGGUACAGGUGAUGACCCCAAGUUGAUUUAUAGGUUUGUUAAUCCAACAUACCUAAGUCAAGUAUCAAACACAUUUAAACAACUUGAUAACAUAAUCCAAAAGCAUGCACCUUGGGCUUCUGCUUGGGUUGGAGAAGCUGGUGGAGCCUAUCAUGGUGGCAGUCCUCAUAUUUCUGAUGCAUUUAUCAAUAGUUUUUGGUAUCUAGAUCAACUUGGGAUGGCCUCUUUUUACAAUACCAAAGUAUAUUGUAGGCAAACUUUGAUUGGUGGAUUUUACAGUGUCCUCAAAUCUAAAACUUAUCUUCCUACACCAGAUUACUAUGGGGCACUUCUCUUCCACCGAUUAAUGGGCUCAAGAGUUCUCAAGGUUGAUAAUAAUGUCUCAUCUUAUCUUCGCACCUAUGCUCAUUGCUCAAGAGGAAGAUCUGGUGUAACCUUGCUUUUCAUCAAUUUGAGUAAUACAACUGAGUUCACAAUCAAGAUUGAAAGCCAUAUGAACCCGAGUUUACAUAAUAGCAAUUCGAGACGACCAAAUGACUCCAAUUUGAAGUAUAGUUCAAAGGUCAAAGAUCCAAAUCUACCAACACAAAAUGGUUUACUUAGAAGCUCUACAGUGCUUUUAAAUGAAAAUCCAUUAGAGCUUACAAAAGAGGGGGAAUUGCCAAAUUUUACACCUGUUUAUAGUGAGAGUAACUCUUCUAUAAAUAUUGCUACUUGGUCCAUUGCUUUCAUUGUCAUCCCUGACUUUGUAGCUGCAGGAUGUUUGGAUGCACCUUAAUUUCAUUUUUCAAUCAAACCCUAAUUAUAUAUGUGUGCUUAUAAUUGAUCUUAUGUAAACCAACUAAUAUGUGAGAAAGAAAAAGUUGUUAAUGUCUAA